UCGCGUUGUGCGGAGUGCACCUCGUACGAUACUGUGGUCUGCGGAAGCUGGAUUGCAUCGACAUCCAUGCGGACACUGUUGCAGAGCUGGAUGAGAAGCAAGAAGCGCAAAUGAGGGCCUCACCACGAAGCCGCCGUGCUGCGGCCCGGGUAUGGUUACUGGUCCUUUCAACGGCGCUUCUGGCCUCGUCUGUAUGCGGCCAGAACUGCUUCGGCGGUAUCGAGAGCUUCGAGAAGACCACGGGGCUGGCCUUUUCCGGCUCGGUGAGCGGACAGACGCUACUCCAGCAGCCGGACCAGGCGCUCACGAGGGACUGCAUCAACCUGUGCAAGCAGCAGGCGCAGUGCCUCGCCUUCUCGCUCAACUACGUCGGCUUCCGAUGCGCCGCCUUCAACCUCAACUCGGUCGGCCGCCGAGACCUGCUCGUGCCCACGCCAAGCACAAACUACUUCGAGAAGAUAUGCUUCAGGGGAGUGCAGAAAAGUUCCUUCGACGCGCUGUGCGGCGAUCGGCUGUGGGCCUUCGAGCGGGUGAAGGAGGGUCACCUGGAGGGCUUCGUGGACCGCGAAGAGCACAACGUCAAGGACAAGGAAGAAUGCGAGAAGAUGUGCCUACUCGAGGAGGCCUUCCCCUGCCGCUCGGCCGACUACGACGAGGUGGCCAAGACGUGCCGCAUGAGCCGCGAGGACCGGCGCUCGCAGCCGCAGGCCUUCCGACAGGUGCCCGGUAGCACCAGGGACUACCUCGAGAACCAGUGCUCCGCGACCGCUCCGACGUCGUGCCGCUACGAGACCCGGGUCGGCGUGGGCGUGGUGUCCAUGGACCUUCUGCAGUUUGCCACGGCGGUGGACGACUGCCAGACGCAGUGCGACCGCGAGACCACCUUCAACUGCCGCGCCUACUCGUACAUGGAGAACCGGUGCUACCUGAGCGGCGACGACACCAUCAGCCUGGGUCCCAGCGGGCUGCCGCCCAUGACCAACGCAGCGUACGGUGAAAAGAAGUGCAUAACCGAGCAGUGCACGCUGGGAGUAUUCACGUACGAGAAGAUGACGGGCUUCGUGAUGCGGUCGGCAGCGCGCACCGCCAUUCCGCUGUCGAGUCCCGGCGCCCUCGGAAACACCCUGGAGUGUCGACAGUUCUGCCAAAUGGCCGGCCUGGACUGCCCGGCGUUCAGCGUCAACUACCAGAACAUGCGCUGCGACAAACUGGACCGAAACUCGCAGGGAAGGACGCAGGAGCUCAGUCCCAGAGCGGGGGAGAACUACUUCGAGAAGAUCUGUCUAAGAGGCAAUUUCGCCACGGCCUGCCAGGGCAAGGCGUGGGCCUUCGAACGGGUGCUGGGCCUGGAGCUUGUGCCCACGCUGUACGACAAGUCGUUUGCGCACGUCCAGAGCCGGCGCGACUGUGAGGAGUACUGCCUCAACGAGCAGACCUUCGACUGUCGGUCGGCCGUGUACUUUGACGACACGGCCGAGUGCCGCCUCAGCCGCCACGACCGAAGGACGCAGCCCGACGGCGUGAUCAAGAGCUCGAACCCCAGGAUUAACUACCUGGAGAACCAGUGCCUAGAAGUGUCACCAACGUGCCCCUACGAGAAGACAGCCGACGCCUACCCGGUCUACACUGACGUGGUGCAGAUGACGGGCAUCAUAUCGGAGCAGUCGUGCGAGUCCUUUUGCACCACGUACCCGAACUUCAACUGCCGAUCAUUUGCCUACUAUCCCAGCAACGGGCAGUGCUUCAUUAGCGGCGACGAUCGCGUAAGCGCCGGUCCGGCCAGUACAAAUUCCCGGCCCGGCAUCCUGUUCUACGAGCGCUCGUGCAAGGACGGCGUCGGUGUGACCGACGGCGGUUCGGGCACCACGGCUGCCGGCGGCGGCACCUCAUCCACGGGUCCUACCAGUUCGUCGCCCACUUUCCCGACGGCGCAGCCGCCGCACACGCCGACACUGUUUCCGCCCACAGUCCGGCACUGCAGCGCCGGCGAGAAGUUGUCGUUCGCCCGGGUGUCGGGCCACGAGUCGGCCUCGAGGCCCGGUCCCAUACUGCUGACGGCCCCGGCGGACGGCAUGACCAAGGAGUGCAUCCUGCGCUGCGAGCAGCGGGACGACUGCCGCUCCUUCAGUAUCGACUACCGCCGCCACGAGUGCUACAUCGCCGGUUACUACUCCGGCUCGCUGCCCGCUCACCUCAGGCCCAGUCCCGGAAAGACGUACUUCGAGGGAAUCUGCGUACCCGCCUCGGUCGCCUGCCAGCGGCUGUGGACGUUCGAGCGCAUGGUGGACCAGGAACUCCGCGGCGUGAGCCCUCGCGAGGUGACGCGGUUCAUCACGCUGCACGACUGCGAGCGGCGCUGCUUCGAGGAACGUCGCUUCCCGUGCAAGUCGGCCAGCUACGACGUCAACCUGCAGGAAUGCCGCCUGUACGCCGACGACCGAAACUCGCGAUUCGCCCGGCUCAUCUACGGUCGGGGCGUCUACUACCUCGAGAACCAGUGCACCGUCAACACGAGUCCCUGUCCGUACGCUCCGAUCCAGCGCGACGUGUACAUGACGCACAUCACCCGCGUGGUGCACGGCGUCAGCUCGACCUUCCACUGCGAGAUGGAGUGCAACCGCGAGCCGGACUUCAACUGCCGCUCGUACACGUACGUGGAGCACGGCACGCUGGGCCCUCCGCAGUGCCUGCUGUCGGCCGACAGCCGUCCCGGAGUGUCGCCCAUCGUGCUCGAGUACCGCAGCCGGGCCCUGUACGCCGAGAAGGACUGCCACAUGGACGACGAGAGCCGGAACAACGGAGUCGUCGGCGGCACGUCACACCCGCCGCCUUACCCGCACACACCACCGAGCCCGCCGCACAGGUACUUUUCCGCCGUACCCACCGCCUCCUCCUCCUCCUCCACCACAUCCGGGGUCUUCGCCGCCCUCGCAGCACCCUCCGCCGGGUGGCUCGGCGCCGACACCGUACCCGCCGAGGCCUCCUACGGACUACAGCCCUACCCGCCUCCCCGGUUCUGCACGUACGAGCAGUACACGUACGAGAAGACCAUCGGCCACGACUUGAGGUACGCGCCAAGGGAGCGCAUCCCUACGCGCUCAGCAGUGGGCGUUGUGCGAGACGCGUACACCGAGUGCCAGCGGCUCGGAGACCGGUGUCGUGCCUUCACCAUUGAAUACGGAAACUUCCAGUCGGCAUCGUGGCUCUCCACUGCUGCCGAGGACAACAGGCAGCUGCUGGCCGCCAACCCGGUCAUGGCCUACUUCGAGAAGAUAUGCCUCCAGGAACGCACGUGCGGGAAGAUGUGGUCCUUCGAGCGGACCGUGGGCCACACGCUGGGCGGCGACGCGGACCGCGAGGUACCGGGCGUCCUGCGGCGCGCCCAAUGCGAGGACCUGUGCCUGCGCGAGCGGACGUUCGUGUGCCGCUCGGCAACCUACCAGCAGUCGCGGCUCCUGUGCCGGCUGCACGCCGAGAACAGGCGCACCCGGCCGGCUCUGUACGCGCGCACGGCGGAGGACAUCGACUACCUGGAGAACAUGUGCGCCCCGGAGCCAUCGACGUGUCAGUACCGCGAGCACGUGGACCGGUUCCUGCCCAUCAUCGACCGGCUGGGCCACGCGUUCAGCCUGGCCGAGUGUCAGCGCCAGUGUGACCUGGAGCGCCUGUUCAGCUGCCGCGCCGUAAACUUCGAGACGGUGCACCGUGACUGCGCGCUUAGCAGCGAGGACGCCCAGAGCACGCCGCUGGGAGCGGCCGCGCUCGUGCACCGCCGGUACUCUGUCUACAGCGAGAAGGGAACGUGCGAACAAGUGAGCGUGCAGUGCAACCAGCAGGACAUGCUGCUGGCGAUGAACUUCGACACGCCAUUCCACGGUCGCGUCUACGCCAAGGGCAACCCCUCACAGUGCUUCGUGGUGGGCAAUGGACAGAACACACUCCAGUUCGCCGUCUCGCUCGGCACUCGCUGCGGGACGCUGACCGAGGGGGAUGGUCGCUAUGCCAACGAAGUAGUCGUCCAACAGCACCCCAUCAUAAUGACCGACACGGACCGUAACAUUCGCGUCGUGUGCUCCUUUGAAGCUGGCGACAGGACGGUCACGCUGGGCUCCACUUUCGCGCGAAAUGGCGCCUACAGUGGUGGUCUGGACGUCACAACUCGCCACCAGCCGACCAUAACGUCCGUCGUGACCAACACCGCCCCGCCUCCGAACGUGGUCAUGCGAAUCCUGGAUCCCAGCGGGCGUGACGCAGGAGUGGUCGGCCUCGGGGACGAGCUCACGCUCAGGAUCGAAAUACAAGAGCCCGGCAGUGCAUUUGCCAUUUUUGCGAGAAACCUUUACGCGAGGAGCUCCAAUGGCGAAUCGCUUUUCCUCAUUGACAGCCUAGGUUGUCCCGUGGAUCCGAGCAUAUUCCCGCCUCUUCGACCGGACUACAGGCAACCGGGUGCGCUCUUCGCCAAUUUCAAGGCGUUUCGGUUUCCCUCGUCCGGUCUGGUUAACUUCGAGGUGCAAAUAAGGUUCUGCCAAGACAGGUGUGACCCGGUUCGCUGCCAAGGAGGUGGCGAGUCGUUUGGCCGCAGAAGAAGGGACGUGUCCUUCCCUCCGCUCGCCAGAUUCGCUUUCAGGAACAGAACCAGGCCGAUCUUCCUCAAGGCGCACAAACCGACCAUCGUGAUAAGACCGUAUUCCGUGCGAACCACGACCACAACGGCUACCACUACGAACGAGCCGCCCGCAACAACUACGACGACUCAAGCUCCCGAGACCACAACGGUCGAACCCGCUACCACGACGACGGCUUCCACGGAAGAGACGUCAACGACCCAGAGCGACACGGAGAGCCUUACGGAGACUACCGUUAGUCCAGAGUCGACAACAGAUAGUGUAUCGACGAUGACAGGGGUUCCAUUCGAGAACGCUACCGAAGCGGACGGUGAUGCUUACGACGAUGCCGAGGAAAGCGAACCGCACUUGAUGUUCCGGAAGCAGGAAAUGUACCUGCCCGAAGAUGGAAACGUGAGCAGCCCGGAAAUGCAGCAAGCUCCGAAGGAGGGCGAAAGAAUCGAGCAAGUGUCCUCGGCCGUCGUGUUCCGUAACCCUGACCCUGACGGCCCACAUAUGCAAAGUGACGUUCGAGCUCCUUCUCAGCAGGCAACGGCCGUUCCUUUCGAUUUGACUUCUCAGCCUUACGGUGGCUACGGAUUGGGCUACGGCCGCCACUACGGCUCGCCGCCACCGCCACCGUACGGCGGUCAGAGCCCCUAUGGGCACGCGACGUUAGGCCUCGCGGACGGCGAGGACAACGCGCUAUUCCAACAGCAGCAGCAACAGCAGCAGAUGACGACGAAUUCCAGCGGCCAGUUCGUUGUGCGAGAGAUGGAAGGAGGGUACGGACCUUCUUCGGCGUUGCGCGAGAUCGUCGCCACGACCGAGAAGCCGUACCCCGAGGAAGUUCCACUCUCGCUAGCCAUUAUGGUGGGCGAAGACAGCGGCGGUGGCGGCGGGAAGCCCGACAACGGCUGGGCAAGGAACGCCGCCACCAACUCCGGCGGCGGCGUCUACCAGCCUCCACGAAGCCGAAAACGAGAGCCGCCGCCGCCGCCUCCCAGGCCAGUCGAGGAAGAGCCCGCCUGCGAUCCGCAGAACACCAUCAUCAUCACCGCGCUAGUGGUGUCGGCCAUCCACGUGGGUCUCAUGCUGGGCGGCUUCUUCUGCUUCCGGUGGCAGCGGCGCUCCAUGAAGCGCAAGCAGCUCAUCGCCUCCGUGAUGGGAGACUUCCGGAUGCCCCCGGGUGCCGGCGUCACUUCCACCGCGCUGCCGGCGCCCGUGGUGCACGCGACGUCGGCGGCGGCUGCGGGUCGCAGCCACUACCACCAUGCGUCGCCCUCCCGGGUGCCCGGUGGACCCAUGGUGUACGGCAAGGCGGACACGUCCUUUCGCCAGAUGUACAGUGACUUCGAGACUCCGCCGUGAAGAGCCCGGACGUAGUGUCGACUCGGAAGUGGUCAAUCGGCGUGGGCAUAUGCUUGCGCGGGAUCUCCAUUAGGGACAGGGGGGCGGGGAGGAUUUGCACUGCAGCACCCGCCCGUUGUACGAGUUUGGAGGAAAACCGUUGCAACGCAUGCAGAAAUGGAAAUGAAGCAACGAUGUGCUGCUCUGAGCGGCCUGCCUUUGGUUGCUGGCUUUCCAGGGGUAAACGCGUGAAGUUAACCGUUCGUAGAAUAGAACACCAGGCAGCCACUGUUGUCCAAAUCUGCAUUUCCGUAACCCCGCACGUUAAACAAUGACGGGACACGUCCGACAUAGUAAAGAUAUGGGGCUGGCUUGGCACAUCCCUUAGAUCAUUAAAGUGAGAUAGUUAAAGCGUGCGAUUAUGGGUGAGCCGCUAUUUCGAAAUUCCAGGGUAAACAGAACGACAAAAGAAAUCGGAAUAUGAAAAAAAAGGUUAAUAUGACCAGCGAGAAAUAUACAGAUGAAUAAAAGAAAUACAGGGAGGUUAACCAGAGGAACUCUCCGGUUGGCUACCCUGUGCGUGGGAAGCAGAAAGGGAGUGAGAAAAGAUGAAAGAGGAGGAGAGUCAGUGACGACACUACAGUGUCAUGGCAAUAGCACUGUCCAAGAAACUACACACCAACCUUUGCAGUGAACGGCCACAAUGCGUCGUUUAGUCCGGUUUCUCUAAGGGAUCACAGUAACACCUUCAUAGCGAGUCGCGCUGAAGUCGAUAAGCCUUGAAUGCUAUACGACACACAGUCCUAACUGAUAAAGAAGUGAGGACGCAACAAUAGAAAACAGUGCUUGACAACCGCCGAACAACAAUCUGCCUUUUUCACGAUUCCGCGGCGUAUGCGCCCUUGCCCUAGCGGAAAAGUCGUGAAAGGCCUCUUUAUCUCGGAGGCCUUCGUUCUGGCAAUACCGGUUGUCCAGGCCCCUACCAAA